AUGAAGGAGGCAAAUUGGACCCAAGUGUCUGAAUUCAUUCUCUUAGGAUUCUCAGAUCGAUUGGAAGUGCAGUUAAGUUUGUUCUUGCUCUUUCUACUCAUUUACCUACUGACUCUAAUAGGAAAUAUAGGUAUGAUCGUGCUGAUUCAGACAGAUUCCCUCCGACAUUCUCCAAUGUAUUUUUUCCUUACUAAUCUGUCCUUUGUUGACUUGUGCUUCUCCUCCAGCGUUGCACCGAGGUUUCUGUAUGAUCUCCUCAUGGGCAGGAAGGUGAUCUCAUACAAAGCAUGUGCAACCCAGAUGUGGUUUGCUGCCACCUUUGCCACAACUGAGUGCUACCUUUUAGCUGCCAUGGCUUAUGAUCGCUUUGUUGCUAUCUGUAACCCACUGCUUUAUCCAGUCACCAUAACUAGAAACAUCUGUCUCCAGCUUGUAUUUGGUUGUUAUCUAGUGGGGAUUGUGAUUUCAGUUGUCCAUACCAGUGGCACAUUCAGGCUCUCUUUCUGUGGCCCCAAUGAAAUCACCUCUUUUUUCUGUGACAUCCCCCCUUUGCUGCGACUUUCCUGUUCAGACAACUAUGUUUCCAAGACAGUGCUCUUUGUCACUGCAGCUUUUGUUGUGGUAUUGAAUGCAGUUAUUGUACUCAUCUCCUACAUUUGUAUUCUUUUCACCAUCUUGAGGAUGCAGUCACCCACAAGUAGACGAAAGACCUUUUCAACCUGUGCUUCACACCUGAUGACUGUUGUUCUGUACUUUGGGACACUGACCUUUAUGUAUGGUCAACCUGGAGGGCUUGAGGCAGCGGAACAAGACAAAAUAGUGUCUGUGUUUUACACCAUUGUGAUCCCCAUGCUGAACCCUGCCAUAUACAGUAUGAGGAAUGAGGAGGUGAAAAAAGCCCUGAAGAAGAAACUGAAUAAUAAAAUCUUUCUUUAG